AUGCCCAAACUCAUUCAAGUGAUGAUGUUGACAUAAUGAGUGUUUUGUGUAGUCAACACACUUCCUGUGAAAUUGUGUUGCCUAUUGGUUCGUGAAACCGCUGAAAUUCUAACGUUAGUAUCCUACAUUCAAAUAGCAGGUACAUGCAAGUGUUUCUUUCCAGUGUUUUGCUGUGUUGGUUUCCAUUAGGAAUACACAUGAACACAAAUGCACUUUCACACUUGCACUGUAUCCCAGAUCCAAGAUGGCCUAAUCCACAAUGAGCACUCAAUUUAUCCUAAGCACCUGUCACAACUAGCUAGAUAUAAGCAGUGUGUUUUGUCAUGGGGCUAUACACAAUAUGAAAAUAACAUGAUCAUUUGCACAGACCAUGGAAGGCACAUUGUAGUAGCAGGAGUAGACACUUUGAGUAAAAUCAUAGACUAGUACCACCUCACUGUAUUCAAUGACAGUUUAUGCUGGUCUGGCAAUACAUCAUCCAUAUUCUUGCGAAAUAACACUUGACUCGGAUUCUGAUGUUCAUGACAAAAGUUGACGUGAUUGUUCUGGGUAUAAUGCAUAGUGAUAUGGAGGUGAUUUCAAGGAUAUGGUAGAAUAACAUAAUAAAUAAUUAACUACUUCUUUUCUCUCUUUAUUUUGUUUCAUAUUUAUUUUAUUUUUUUGUCUAAAUCACCCUGUCUUCUAGAACCUUCUCUUGUUCCAUUAUUUACCGUAUAGCUUCUCAAAAAAAGGGGGGGAAAAGUGGUCUCACCUUAUCUAACCGAUUCUCUCACUUGAAAUGCUUUUUUGUCCACGUUAACUUAGUGCUGCUGGAUGGCUACUGAGUUUAUUAAUUUGGUUUUGUAUGUUUUUUCUGUGUGAUUAUGUGUGCAUAUCAGAUGACUAGACUGGCCCAGCUGUUACACUACACUAGCCUGAGUCAGGCAUUGUUUUCCAAGCCACUAUCCCCGCUGGGGCCACCGCUGCCUUCAAGGGGGGAAUGUGACCAAGGAGAAUAAGCCCGCUGAACCUUCCAAGAUGGACACCUUGUCUCUUUUUAUUUAUCUUUCUUUUCUUUCUUUUUUUUGGUUGGUUUCUUUUAGUUUUUACUUUCACAUGUUGUCCCUUGCCUUGUCUGCUCCCUCUAGACUCUAGCAACACUAUUGCAUUAUUCCUAGCAUAUUGUUUUUCCGUUUAUUAUUUGGGUUUUUUAUUUUUUCCUCUCUUUCUCUCACCUCUUCUCUUUCUUUCUUUCGCUCAUUCUCUCUCUCUCCUUCCACAGUCUGUGAUUGAGUUCUGUCCAGGUUGCCAUGGCACCCAGGUGGAAUGUGUAUCACACAUGGGCUGCCAUGAAGAUGACUAACACAUUUUACUUUCUUUGUCUCCUGCUCUUGGUCUAUGGUUAGGAUUUCAAAUAUAGGGCUCAUCUAAACCCUUAAACUCACUAGGAAAAAGUAUCAUUAACUUAUAAGUAGUAGAAUAGAAUAUAACCUUUACAUUUUACAUUGGUAACAUAAUGCUUAUACUGAUAGUAUAAGAAUUUGAUUACAUGGACUUUUUAUUUAUUUUGCCCUUAAGCCUUAAAUUAUUGUAAUUGGUUUUUUUUCUCCUCAAACAAAGCCACUAGAUUAAUUGAAAGACCCACUGCGCCCUUCCCCUCUUCCAUUCAGGAACGGCAGAUUGAACCAGUAAUAAGAAAGUGAAAGAUUUCAAAUCCGUUGUUUUUAGGUUUUAAGUUUUGGUUAACGUUUGGGAAUUUCUCAAGAUUCUUAAAAAAUGUUCUUCUUUUCUGUAUCUGAUGUUCUGUGUGCUAUUAGUGAUGCAGCCAUCAUGAACGGUUGUCUUGUGUUGCACUCCUUUCCAACACUGCGAAACGAUCGCCCUACGGGAAAAGCGCCCAUGCUUGCUAUCGUAUGGUUCAUGACCAAUAUGUUUCCAGUACAGGGAAGAUCCCAGAAGAAGCCAAGGCCUUGUCUCUCUUGGCACCUGCUGCCCCCCCUGCUGUUCCUGCUGUACCCAGCCUGAUGCCAGGCGCCGGCCUGCUGCCCCUUCCCACCUCGGCCCCCAUACAGACUCAGCUGAGCGUCCCUAUUGUGAGCCUGGCGGCAUUGCCAGCUGCCCUGGACCCUGCAGUGUCGGCCCUGGCUGUGACUGGAGCAGGUGGGGUGUCGUCCUCUGCCCAGCCCCCCCUCAUGGGGAACGUGGAUCCCUCCAAGGUGAACGAGAUCAGAAGGACUGUCUACGUUGGCAACCUCAACUCGCAGACCACUACUGCAGAGCAGCUGCUGGAAUUCUUUAAGCAGGUGGGCGACGUAAAGUUUGUGCGCAUGGCGGGGGACGAGACGCAGCCCACACGCUUCGCCUUCGUGGAAUUUGCCGACCAGGAUUCAGUGUCCAGAGCGCUGACCUUUAACGGAGUCAUGUUCGGAGACAGACCCUUGAAGAUUAAUCAUUCCAACAACGCCAUUGUGAAGCCCCCAGAGCUGACCCCUCAGGCUGCAGCCAAGGAGCUGGAGGACGUCAUGAAGAGGGUCAGAGAGGCCCAGUCCACCAUUGCCGCCAUCAUAGUAGAGCCAGAGGAGGUGAAGAAACGCUCAUCCAGUCACUCCCGACGUUCCAGGAGAUCCAGAACACGGUCACGAUCGCAUUCCCGCUCGAGAACGAGGAGGAAGCGGUCCCAUUCUAGGCACAGAAGCAGGCUCUCUCAGAGGUCGCGGCCCAAGGUCAGCGAGUCCCACGUCUCUCGGGGGAUCCACAAGAGACUUUCGCGCUCCAGAUCACGGGACAGGCGGAAAGAGAGGGAGCAGAGGACGAGAGGAAAGGAGGAUAUAUCUCGGGUUAUAGAGGACAGGAGACAGAAGGAGAAAAAGGCUAAAACGCCUCCAAAAAGCUACAGUGCAUCCCAAAGGUCCAGGAGCACGAGCAGGGGCCACAGAAGGAAGAGCAGGGAUCGUUCUAGGAGUCCCAGAAGGAAAGCCAGGUCUCCCUCACCAAAGAGAGGGAGGAAAGAUGAGAAGAGGGAGAAAGCAAGGGAUGGCAGCAGGGAAAAGAGGGAGAGUUCCAACUCCAGGAAGAAGAGCAGCAGAGAUAAAGAGAAGAUGGAGCUCAAGGCCAAACCUAUGAAGGUGGAAAGGGACUACGACAGGAAGGAGAAGGACUACCAGAGUGACAGGGAGGGGUCGGCCACACCAAGCGAGGGUUUGACAUCACCCUGCGUCCAGCACAACGGCAGCUACAACACAAACACAGAGGAUGACGCUGCCUCGCUCGCCGACAGCACUGAGUGAUGGGUGUGAAACCAGGCAGAACCAUGGGAACGAGACAGUCCACUAUGUAUCCAGCUCCUGUGAUCUUUACCUUGGUAUAACAUACACAUACAUCCCUUCCUGUUCCCCAGGCUGGCACAAGUGUGCCAAAAACCAUUAGAUCUUAUCUGAUUAUUUUCCUAGUUCCAGUUUCUUGGUGUGUAUUUAGUGUAAGACCAUAUAAGAGAAUGCUGACCCCCUAUGCCCAUUGCUGUGAAUCUGUUGUCACAUGAUAUUCAUAUUGAAAAUAGACCUUAACGUGCACAGCUUGUUUUUAUAGAUGUGGAGAAUGUGUGCUUGUGGUUGAUUUCCUGUUUGUUGGUUCAUUUGGUGUUUGUGCUAUCGUGCAACACUUCAUCUAUUUUGGUUACUACUAGAUGCAAGGUGUCUGUUUGUGCAUAAUAUCUUAGUUUGCACCCAAUGUAAGAAAUGCUGUUUACAAAUUCUUACAAAAUCAAUAUUUCUAUAAAGUAAUAUUAUGUGGAAGAUCUUAUAAUGCAAGAUGUCUAGUGUCUGUUGCUGUUAGAAAGGCCUUUCUCAAGGCUUCAACCAGCUUCAUGGUUCAGCAUGCCAACCCUACAUUAUACAGAGGUUCAACUUGCUUGACACAUAGGAAUGAGUUAACAAUUCCCUGGCAGGCAAGUCAAAGUGCCUAGACUGAAAUUGUACAAAAAUACACUAAUAAUAAACUUUAUGAAGUUAUUGAGAUGCAA